AAAACCACAUAAAUUAAUUACGAAUAUAAUUAUACAAUUAUUACAAGUACUAACGAAACUUAAAUGAAAUUAUAAAAAAUUGUAACAGAAUAUACUUUUUAUCUUUCAAAGGAGUACUCUUCUGUAGGUUUGAGUGAGGAUUACGGGCAGACUUGAAUUAAUCCAGCAGAGGCUGCGGAUCGAUAAAAUACAAAUUUACUUGUGUAUAUAAUCAAGAAGUAAUUUUAGUUGUAUAAAAAGCUAACAUUCUAUACUUAAAUUAAACCAUAUAGGCCAAGCAUUUAGGUUUUCGGGCUACACCGAAAUUAAUAAUUCGUCACAGAGGGUACAUUCCCACAGCUACAAAAUACAUUCCCUGAAUGCUUACUCAAUACACACUGACACCGGAACAGACAGUUUGGAAUACCACAUACCCUACAGCUAGCACUUCACGCAAAGCUGGCUAAACUCAUGCCGUGGCAUUCUCAUAUGUAACUACACACCUAACAAGAAAAUCGGGUUACACCUUUUAAUAAUAAGAGCAAUUUUCAAAAAACACUUAUUGUAAUAAUAUGAUUAAACCUGAAGAGAGAUAUAGAAACUAUUGUAGACCACAGUACGUAAACUAAAAUAUAAGUCGUAUAGUUGUAUAACACCACUAAUUAGGCCCUUACAAUAUCAUAGUUCAGUAAAAUAGAUGGGAGAUUUUUUAAUUGGGUACUAAUUUAGGUCGAUUGAUACAAAAGUACUUGUAGUCCAUUUUUGGAGAUCCUCGGAACACUUUCAAAUUUUAUAAAAUUAUAUUUUUAUAUACCUUAAAUAAGGAGGCGUACAUAUAUAAUUGUAGUUGCGAAAAAUACAAAUCCGAUAGUUAAGUGAUACUCUUUGGGCAUAAAAAUAGAUAAAGGUAUCGGGUAACAAAUUGUGAUGUAAAAUUAAAAAAAAUUAAAGCUAAUAAGGAAGAGAAAAUCCAAGUAGAAAAUAAAUCAAUCUGGCUCCAUGGCUGUUUGGAGGGAGUUACACCGAAAAUAGGCGAUUAAUGAAUUUUCACAACCAAUAUAUCGCGACACCGAAACGUGUGCCUUAUUCCGGCCUUAUGUUUAAAGGACUUUCAAUAACACAUCAAAAACAACUUAAACUAAACCCAUAACCACACUAAUUAUAAAAUCGUCGCAUGUAAAAGUCACUAGGAACUAGAUAUUCCACAAACUCUUAAUUUGAUUGGUAUGCUCCCCGUCGCCUGCGCUGCAACUGUCAUCGUACUGUAGUCACAACAGAGGAUCAAUGUUUAUUUUCAAGGCAGUGACAUGAUAUGAAAUUAAGAUGCUUUAGCCAGGCACCCACCACUCGCAGUUGGCAGCACAGAUCUGCGUCCAGGAUCGAAAGUAAAGGUCUUAUCGAUCGGCCCGAACGACCAAGCCCAGUGAGCUGGGAAAUCGAUCUUUGCGGUCUCCCAACCAUCUUGCUUCGAAUGUUCAAGAUGGACGCCGCAGACUUCUGGCAGCAGGCACGUGCCCCGUUCGGCCUGCAGUACAAUUCGCCCCCGAGUCAGCCGCAGGCACCCCACCACACCCUGCACCACUCCCUUCCCCAGGAGCACGAGCUGUUGGCCGAAGUCCACCCAGGAGGCCCAGCCACCGGCUCGGGCGCAGUGAACAGCGGCAGCUCCAUUGGCGUCUCCAGCCCCCACCCCGCUCUGGGCGGCAAGGCCGAGUCCAGCCACAUCCUGCAGCAGCACUCGGAGCAGCAGUCCUACGGGGGCGACUCCUUCCGGGGCUCGCAGUCGCCCCAGCUGAGCAGUCACCACCUGUUGUUCAACGCAGCUGCGGCCGCUGCCGCGGCGGCCCACCUGAAGUCCACUGCCAUGCAGAACAACCUCUCGCCGAUGGGGGCGGGCAACUAUGGCCACAGCUCCUUGAACGCCCUGUGUGGGAUCAAGCCCAAGCAGGAGAUGGAUGCCAAGCCGGCCCUCCAGUCGCUGGACGAGUGCCGCCAGCCGCUGGCCCAGACGCAAUCGCAGUCCCAGCCUACGUACGGCGCCGACUUCUACGACGUGGGCGAGUCGCCAGCAGGGGAAGUCUCCGAGGCGGAGGCAAGAGCGCUGACCAUCGGGCUCGGCGGAGCCAGUAAGAGGUCCUCCGAGGAGCCGCAGGCCAGUCAGCAGACCCAGCAAGAGACGGGGGCAGGCCGGGGCUUGCAGACGCCGCAGUGCCCCUCAAUGUCCCCCGGGACUGGGGGCAGUUCCAACUCGGGGACGGGACCCAGACCCGGACCAACACUGAUCAACAAGACCUUGUCGCAGGGUCAGCAGUCUCCGCAGCACUCCACAACGCCGUCCGGCGGCAGCACAACGCCCGACAUUAAGUACAGCAACGACAAAAUGGCCAACGAAAUUCAGCUUCAGCUAUCCCGGUCGAGCAGCGCAGCCGCGAUCAGUGAACGCACCCUUGAAGAAUGUUGGUCAACCCUGCAACGAGUGAGUUGGCAUCUGUUCCGUUGUCUUUUUAUGCACAAAAGCGCGAUGCAGCAAAUACAGCAGCAGAUUCCCCGAGUCGGCCUUGGAACCCACGGCGUGACCGGCACAGCUAACUUGGGCGGCAAUAUCACGCCUGGCUCGGAUACCAAGCCGCACCAGUGCCAGCAAUGCAUGAAGAGCUUUUCCAGUAACCACCAACUCGUGCAACAUAUCCGGGUGCACACUGGAGAGAAGCCGUACAAGUGCUCCUACUGUGAUCGUAGAUUUAAGCAGCUGUCGCAUGUCCAGCAGCACACGCGCCUCCACACAGGAGAACGUCCCUACAAAUGCCACCUGCCAGACUGCGGCCGAGCCUUCAUACAGCUUUCGAAUCUGCAGCAGCAUCUACGAAACCACGACGCUCAGGUUGAACGUGCAAAGAAUCGCCCCUUCCACUGCAAUAUUUGUGGAAAGGGAUUCGCCACUGAGUCUAGCCUGCGCACACACACAUCGAAGGAGCUACAGCUGCAUCUUGGUGUCUUGCAGCAGCACGCCGCACUAAUAGGUGGUCCAAACGCUACGUCCUGUCCUGUGUGCCAUAAACUUUUCCUUGGCACUGAGGCUCUUGUGGACCACAUGAAACACGUUCAUAAAGAAAAAAGCCCCCCGCCAAGUGGAUCAGCCCUAUCCCAAUUCAGCGAAUUAAAUCAGGGAACUGGCAGUGGGAACGGAAACGGAAGUGGAACUGCCAACGAUCAAAUCUCUGCGCAUACCACAUCGGAGUCGAGCUGCGCACAGAGCUCCCACCAGGCCACUGUCGGUGGCCCCAACAUAAUCGACAGCUAUUUGGGCAAGCGAAGGACAGCCAAUCAUCCCUGCCCGGUGUGCGGCAAGCAUUACGUCAAUGAGGGAUCCCUUCGGAAACACCUGGCAUGCCACGCCGAGACCUCCCAACUAACAAACAGCCUGCGAAUGUGGCCUUGUAGCGUUUGCCAGGCAGUCUUUACUCAUGAAAAUGGCCUUCUUACCCACAUGGAGUCGAUGCGUAUGGAUCCGAAACAUCAGUUUGCGGCUCAGUACGUUUUGUCUCGAGCGGCUGCGGAACAGCGAGAGCGGGAGUCCCUGCUAGCGGUAACCUUGGCCGCCAGCAGUGGCACUGGCGACAGAAUGGGGAUUGCAGAUGCCGCGAACGUCCUGACAAUGGGAACACACAACUCAGAGGGGUCCAACUCGAAGUGUCCCUCCCCUUCGGUGAACUCCGAGUGCUCUUCGAACGGACGUCUAACGUCAUCAACAACGUCUGAUCAGGACCAAGACAUCGACCAUGGGUUAAGUGAAAAUGAGAAUAGCAACCAGAACAACAUCACCAGCAGCACGAAUAACAACAAUAAUUGCACCAACAACAACAACUCAGGCUCUAAUAAAAUGGUUGAGCUUCGUCUUCAGGGUUCCGGCCAAUAUACCAUGGACACGGAUCUGCACGUGGCCAACCGAAUGUCGUUGAUGGCCGCGGCUGCUGCUGCCGUUGCUGCGUCACGACCGCAGGACGGAGUGGACAACUCAGCAGUGCCAAGCGCGGCGGUCCAGGCUGCAGUGGUCAAUCUGGCCGCUGCCAUGCGGAUGAACAAUCCCAGCAACGGCCCUACCGCCUACCAACAGCAUCACGGCGAUCACACCCAGUCACACCACCCACUCCCGCACUCACAUCCGCAUCCGCAUCCGCAUCCACAUCCGCAUCCACACCCUCAUCACCCUCAUCACCAUCAACAGCAGCAGGCGCCUCAGCACCAGCAGCAACAAUUGUCCCAUUUGUUGGUGCACACGCACCCCAGCAACAGCCACUCCCGCGCACAACGAUCUCCGAAUUUGAACGUGCCAAGUUUGCAGAACGAAUCAUCCGCCGCCGCAUCGAUCGCAAUGAACAUGAACGUGCACAUGAUGCGCGGUUCCCUUGAGCCGGACCCGGGCCUGGGGGGCAUGCAUGCGAUAGAAGUCCUCCACCAGCAGCAGCACCACCACCAGACGUCCAACUACUCGCAGCACGCCAUCACUCCCACCAACCAACAGGGCCAUCCGCACUCCCAGGCGCACCACACAUCACACCACCACCCGGACGCGGAGACAGCGCUCCGCAUGCAUCAGGCAGAGGCGAUCUUGCGCUCGCAUACCGAGGCGGCGUUCCGACUGGCCACUGGCACUGUUCCUGUUCCUGGCCCCGGAGUGAAAAGUGAGGCCGACCAGCAGCAGCCCAGUAGCAACGGCAACGCUAGUGGCAGUGCCAGCAGCAACGACCAACAGCACCGAUUCCAUUCACACUCGAAUCAGCAAGAGCAUCAACUGCCGUCGAGCUCGUGAAGUUCGGCGAGUGAACCCUCCAGGGCAGACGUAGAUUGAGGAUAGAGAGACAAAAUCAAGUACAACGAUUUUCCUAUUUCGUCUAUUGCAGUCGAAAGAAAAGGAUUGGAUACAUACGAAUGCGUAGGCCUCCACUACACAUAGAUUAGUUUAUGGACGAGGUAUUGAUGUAAAUGAGAUUAUGUUUGUAUGUAAGGUUAAAUAGGCAACACCGCCCUAAGUUAAACAGCGACCCCAUUCAUUGUGCAAUAAUAAAAAGUAAAGUCAAUGUCGACAGAUAAAUACAUGUAAAAACUUUCGUGUUAUGUUUACGUUUAUUAUAAGAGUAAAGAUUAAUGCGCGAAAAUCA